UUCAUUUCUAUCUCUAUGAUGGCCGUGUCUUCCUUCUUCUGGUCAUGGCCAAAUUGGUCCGUACUGCUUUUGGGUCCGGUUAGCAGCCCUUCCUGAGCCAGCCAGCCAUGGCGGGUUCUCAAAGUCCCGGCUGGGCCGAGCAAAAGCGGCGUCUCUGGGAACGGCUCCGCAGCGGCCGCCUAGCUUCGUGGUGGAAGAGUCUUCUGCAUGACUACGCCGAAGCCUGCAAAGAGGUGGCCUUGGGCGUCAGGCAGCGGCCGGGGAAAGCCGGGUUCUACGUCUCGCUGCUGGCCGGAGCGGUGGGUUGCUGCCUGCAUAGCCCUUGCGAAGCGUCCUUUGAGGCCAGCCUCCUGGAAGCUUCGGGCGCCCUCCUCCUCCUCUCGCCCUGGACCCGCAGCAGCAAAUCGGAAGGGCACGUUCAGCGCCUGCUAAAGUUGAGGAACCGGGGCCAGCUGCGCUUCCAGAGCCUGCUCUUCUUUGCCCUUGUCUAUGAGGCGCCUUUCGAUGCAGGAGCGGAUCUCUACCGAGUGCACUGCAAGUACCUGAAGCCACAGUGGACGGAGUUUUCCAGCCAUGUCAUUGAUGUGGGCUUCUGGGGACGCUGGUGGAUUUUGCACUCCAAACUGCGGGAUUUGGACAUUAACGAUGAGGAAUUUCAGUACCUGCCAGACCAUCUCAGGACAGUUUCUUUCCAUAACCUGCACUCAGAAGCCAAUGAGAAACUUUUUGAUGAGAAAUACAAGCCUGUUGUUCUGACAGAGAAGCAAAUCCAGCAAACAGAAAGGGAGAACUGGGGAGGGCAGCACCAUUAAUGUGCCGUAGUGGCCCUGGAAGAUGGUGGAACGAAGCAAAAAGAUCUGCUCUGAAAGUUAUUUUCUUCUAGGGUUCUGCUGCUCAUUGUAUUGUUCUUGUAGACUCAACUAGAUAUGGUGAAUAAAUAAAAAGCAUUCAUUUUCUUCAA